GAAAAUCAGCCUGUUGUCUCUGUCCUCACGUUCUGCCACCGACACUACUGCAACAAGCUGGCAGGGUUAGCUAUAGCGUCUGCUGCCUCCCAAUAUGAACUGGCUGGCCUCUCUUUUCUCCACUGGAAACAACGUCUCGUCGAGGAGAGGUCAGGCAAUGUCCACCACACACGAAGCCUUCUCUCUCCCCACUUCGUCACCAGGCUUCGCGACACACCCAGACGCCUUCAACCCAGAUUCUCUCCAGACACCAGAUACUGAGUCUGCUAUGAGUCCCUCUUACACAUACCCCCCUCAGUCCCCCAUCAGUGCCUAUGGUUAUGUUCCUGCAUCCUCCGGGUCACGUUCCCGACCAACAUCAUUGCUUCCUCUCCACAAUACACCUUAUGCAAACUCACUCACUCCACACACUUCUUAUCCUCCUUUGUCUCUCACCUGGAAUCGUCUCAAAAUUUGGCUCGCUCGCGAAUAUCCGGAGCUGGGAGAUACCUUCAACUAUGGUAUCCUCCCCCAGGACCUCGCUCAAAUCGAAAUGCAGUUUGGUUUUCCACUUCCCAGCGCUAUUCGCGACUCUUAUCUCUGCGUUGACGGCCAGGAAGCAGAAUCCUCUGCUGGCUGUUCAGAAGGUCUCUUUUUUGGUUUGAAUUUAUUACCUCUCGAAGAUGUUCUCGAGGAAUGGCGCUUUUGGCGAGAGGUUGACGACGACCCUGCCACGGGCGGCAACCAGCGCCUACGUGAGCAAAUGCGCUCAAUACCAGAUGGGUGGAUCCGAAAGGAAUAUUCUCAACGAGGAUGGAUACCUCUCGUCGUAGAUAAGGCUGGUAAUUAUAUCGGUGUGGACCUCAAUCCCGGAGAAGGCGGCUCUGUCGGUCAAGUCAUUGUUUUCGGUCGUGAUUUUGAUACCAAAGUAGUGCUCUGGAGAGGAGACGGACAGGAUGGUUGGGCAACGUGGUUGGCCAGUUUUGCAGACGAACUCGAGAGCGGAGAAGGCUUCGAGCUUGGUAUAGGUAGUGAAACCGAGGGAAGCGAGGAUGAUCUUGGAUACGAAGCCUACUUCUAUGAUGGCAGCGGAAGGGGCCAAGGAGAUGGUGGGGGAGAAGCUGGUGCUGGUGGUUUGCGGCUAACAGGCGAAUACCGAGGGUGGAAUGUUUUGGAGGCUUGGGCAGAUCGCAGCGUAAAGAAGUGGUAUGAAUCGGGUAUUAUUCAGGAUAUCUCUUCGCUUUCACAAGAGAAAGGCAAGGGUCCCGAGAAUCACGGGCUUGGCGUGCUGAACGUUGCAGGCCAAUCUCAAGAGUCUUCUGCAGAAGUUCAUAUUCCAGUGUUCUCUGAUGCGGCUCGAGACUCUUCUUGUGAGGAUACUGCGGGUACUGUGACUUUAAAUGCCGUACCUGCAAUUUCCGUGACGAAACCUCCUGCACCUCUCCCCGUGGGUCUUCCCACUGUAAAUGACGUGGUCCCUUUGCCCUCUCCUCCAGACUCGACCCAUUCAUCUAUUGAUGUUGACUUGGAAGCAGGCCGCAGUAUGCGUGAAGUUCCCCGUCAAACCCUCGUUGCAGCAGCAUCACGUAAAAGAAAUCCAAAUCCUGAUGCAAAGGUUGAGAAUAAUGCACCUACUCUGAUAUCACUUCCAACGUCUCCCGAUACACUACCAUCGGAUGCGUCUGGCCUCUCAUCGCCACCUGUUGCACCAUUGGCAGACAUUACUGAUUUGCUCGUUGACCCUGUGCCAUCUUCGAGUACUCCGCUUGUUGGAACGCCAUCCCCAAUCUUGCAGAGCGAAAGCAAACUGAUUACCCCGACUUCCACAGGGGAAGUGAUUCCAUCCGAGUCUGUCGAUCCCCCACAACAUUUUAUUCUCGAAUCUCAGUCAGACAUGUUGGCCCAUGAAACUGAUGCGACUAUCCGUUUGGUCGGAGGCGGAGGCUCUUCGGGGUUGGUGGAUGAAGAAGUCCUCGCAGAGGACGCAACGCCACCUCCGCAGGCAGAAGUGACGUCCACCACACCACCUGCCGUUGAAGAGUCACCCUCUAAGAAAGACAAAAAGCACGAUAAGAACAAGUCCAGCCUUUCCUCUGGACUGAAGAAGAUUGGCCAGCUUGGAGGAGGCGGAAAACGGAAAAAGAGUUCUGGCGGUAGCAUUAAAGAAGUUGUAUAGUGGCGGACAUAGACCACCUCUCAUUUCAUGGACAUAGUCUUUUUCUACCCAGCAUGCUAGCAUCAUUGCUGGUUUAUUACUCAUUUUUUCCCUAUUAUCUUCUCUACCGACUCACUGCUGAACUAUAUGUAGUAGCGUUGCAUUACAUGUUUUCUUUCUUUCGUAUACCCGUAAACACAGACCCAAUAUUUCAGUGCUUUGCGAUCUCAUUUAAUGUACAUGUUUCGGGAGCCUGGAUACUAUGCAUACGCAUCUUGGCUAACCCACCAUUCUAAUGCAAACAAUUUGAAGAAUAUUUCCUUG